UGGUGCAGCGCUGGUGUUGUGUUCUGUAUCUGUGGCCUGCCUGAGUGGGUUGAUGAUGGGCUAUGAGAUGAGUCUGAUAUCAGGAGCAUUGCUUCAACUCAGGGACGUUUUGACUCUCUCCUGCCCGCAGCAAGAGCAAGUUGUUGGCUCUCUUCUGUUUGGAGCCUUACUCCUCUCCCUGGGUGGUGGCACCAUCCUGGACCGUUACGGACGGCAGUUCUCCAUCAUCCUCACGGCGCUGCUGUGUGUGUUGGGCACACUUCUGAGCGUGUGUGUGGUGUCAUUUUGGGCGCUGGUAGUCGGGCGGAUGCUUGUCGGCAUGGCGGUUGCGCUGUCAGGCACAGCGUCAUGUCUUUACGCUGCAGAAGUGGCACCGGCUGCCUGGCGCGGGAGGUGCGUGUGUGUGUAUGAGCUGAUGGUAGUUUUAGGGAUGCUGUUGGGUUUUGGAAUGAGCUGGGCAUUCGCGGGGGUCUCGGAUGGAUGGAGGUUUACGUUUGGUGGUGUUCUGUUCCCUGCUUUGCUGCAAGCAGGCAUCAUGCCGCUUUUGCCGCAGAGUCCGCGCUUUUUGCUGGCCCAGCAGCGUGAGAAAGAGGCUCACGCAACUCUCCUCCGUCUUCGUGCUGGAAUCAAAGGAGUAGACGCAGUGGAGGACGAACUUCAGGCGAUACGCAUGGCAUUGGGGGCAGAGUGCCUGCACGGCUUCCUGGACCUCUUCCGUUCUCGUGACAAUAUGCUUCAGAGACUGCUUGUUGGCGCUGCGCUAGUUUUCUUGCAGCAGGUUACGGGACAGCCCAACAUUUUAGCGUAUGCGUCGACUGUUCUCAGCAGCGUGGGCUUCCAUGGGAAUGAGGCAGCAACUCUUGCAUCCACAGGGUUUGGUGUGGUUAAAGUGGGCGGGACCAUUCCUGCAGUUUUUUUAGUGGACAAAGUGGGGCCUAAAGCCUUACUUUGUGUUGGCGCCAUUGUUAUGACAUUGUCAACAGCAACACUGGGGGCUGUUACUCUGCAAAGCCGCACACAUGUUUCUAGCCUAUGCAGAGGCCCCGUUAAUAAAGCAAACCUCACAGAUUUUGGGAUGGGAGAAGAGACUGGUUUCCAGACAAACACUCCACUGGGUUUGUACCAGCCUUCUUACCAUGAACUUCAAAACAAGCACAAAACAAAUGCUUUCCUCACUAGCAUUAAUGACACUAAGAACCAAUGGAUUUUAAACUACACUCCUGAUCAUAGGACAGCAUUAAUGGAACUGGCUGAGGGUUCCGAGACAGACAGUUCCAAAAUUGCACUUCAAUCUCUUCAUGUUAAUGAAGUGUCACCCUCUCUGAAAUGGAUCUCUCUGGUCAGCUUGCUGGUGUAUGUAGCUGGAUUUUCCAUCAGCUUGGGACCAAUGGUUCAUGUGGUUUUGAGUGCGAUCUUCCCGACUGGCAUCCGUGGAAAGGCUGUGUCCGUCAUCUCUGCCUUUAACUGGGCCACAAAUUUGCUCAUAUCGAUGACCUUCCUUACUCUGACAGAGAGGAUCGGCCUGCCCUCGGUGAUCUUCUCCUACGCUGCUAUGAGCUUCGUGUUGGUGGUGUUUGUGAUUGUAUUUGUGCCAGAGACGAAAGGCCGAUCUCUGGAACAGAUCUCUAAGGAGCUUGCCAUGAAGAAUCACCUGAGCAGCAGACUUCUGUUUGACAGAAGAAAACACGAGGCUGCAGCACAGCCCUCACAGGAGGAAAAAGCCCUCGCAACUGUUUGACUUUUUGCCUAGAUGAAGAGUGGAAGAGCACAAGGGUAUUGCAAACGACCGAUUGUUCUUGGUGCCGUCUGGCAACUUACAGGACAGACAAACCUGUGACUGCACUUUUCAAAGUAUUGAAGACAUAUAACUGAUUGAUGUUGUCAUGGCUAUAAUUUAGCUUAAUAAACCUUCCCAUGGCAUGAUGGGUCAGAAAAGAGUUUAUAUGUCAAUCUGAUAUAUUUGUAUUCUUUUUUUAAAUGCAUUUUACAAGUAGUUUUGGUACUGAUUGAGAUUUAUAUGGAGAAUGUACAGCUUACUGGUAUGAAACACUUUGGAAAUUGUGCAAUCAUGACCAUAAUCAUGCCAUGACAAGUCAAAGCCAAGUUCUGUGUCAGUGUUUGUGUGCUGAGCACUACUAUAGACAACACCUGAAGGUGUCUCUCUGGCAGGAGAUGCCAUCAUGUAAUCAGGUUAACUGCAAAUCGGCAUGUUAUGUAAUAUUACAAACUGAAAGUUUGUUCAUUCAAAAAUAUA